GUGGUUAAAUGGUAAUCAUUUAAAAGAACUACCACCAAAAGUUUUUGAUGAAUUGACUCAGCUGCAGAGCUUGUGGUUAAAUGGCAAUCAGUUAAAAGAACUACCACCAAAAGUUUUUGAUGAAUUGACUCAGCUGCAGUACUUGGGGUUAAAUGGUAAUCAGUUAAAAGAACUACCGCCAGAGGAUUUUGAUGAAUUGACUCAGCUACAGAGCUUGUGGUUAUAUGGUAAUCAGCUAAAAGAACUACCACCAAAAGUUUUUGAUGAAUUGACUCAGCUGCAGUACUUGGGGUUAAAUGGUAAUCAGUUAAAAGAACUACCACCAAAAGUUUUUGAUGAAUUGACUCAGCUGCAGAGCUUGGCGUUAGGUAGUAAUCAGUUAAAAGAACUACCACCAAAAGUUUUUGAUGAAUUGACUCAGCUGCAGUACUUGGGGUUAUAUGGUAAUCAGUUAAAAGAACUACCACCAAAAGUUUUUGAUGAACUGACUCAGCUGCAGAACUUGUGGUUAGGUAUUAAUCAGUUAAAAGAACUACCAGCAAAAGUUUUUGAUGAAUUGACUCAGCUACAGAACUU